UCCUGCUUUUGGCCACCAGCACCAAGCACCAGCAGUAGCACCACCUCUGCACUUUGCGACGCAGAGUCAUGCACCGCUUCCCAAACCCGGCAUCUCCCUCUCCCCUUUGAUUGCCUGUGUUUGUCCAGCGUGUUGUGGUGGGUAGAGUUUGAACAUUGCAUCCAAGACGAGAAUUUGCUUUUCCCCUCUUUUACGACAGAACCCUGCUCAACCCGCACCCGUCUUGCAAGAUUUCCCAAGGAGGGGAACAUAGCACACAACAAGGCAGCAACUCUGCUUGGCCUACGCCUCUACUACUGACAUCUCUCAGUCCUCUAGACUGUGUGCAACGACUCCUUAACGACCGUUACGACCAGCAUACACUUUUGACGCAAGUCAUUUACCGUUUCUCGAUAGACAGCGAUCGUAUACACCGCCCAGAAUACCUCUUCACCACACUGCAUUUUCCAUCAUGGCUGCCGAAGGCCGUCAAUAUGUCCCUCUGACCUGUCACGGACACUCCCGACCUGUACCACAUAUUAGUUUCUCUUACUUGGAAAAGGAGGACACAUAUUAUCUCAUUUCUGCCUGCAAAGAUGGCAACCCGAUGCUUCGCGAUGGCAUCACGGGCGACUGGAUCGGCACAUUCAUUGGCCACAAGGGCGCUGUCUGGCAGGCUCGCCUGAGCCCAGACGCCUCUAACGCUGCUACCGCGGCUGCCGACUUUUCUGCCAAGAUCUGGGACACCCAUACCGGCGAGCUUCUGUAUACCCUUCAGCAUGACCACAUUGUCCGCGCUGUUGCCUACCCGCCCGACAACUCGGAUCUUGUGGCAACCGGAGGCAUGGAAAAAAAGCUUCGCAUUUUCGACCUUUCGGAGCUUGCUGCAGCAAGCCCUGGAGCCGACGUCACAAUUCCAUCCUCUGCUGGCUUUGAAAUUGGCGAAGGCAUCCACCAGAGCUCCAUCAAGUUUAUCUGCUGGACCCCAGACCCUAAUGUUCUUGUAACAGCUUCCGAUAAGACGAUUCGAUGGCUCGAUUUGCCCACGCGAACAUGCAUUCACCAGGAAGUUUUGGAUGGAGAAAUCCGCUCUUGCGAAGUUGUAUCGCUUUCCCCCACGGUGGCAUCCUCAACAGACAUUGGCGGAGGUAAACCAGUCCUUGCCGUUUCUGCUGGCAAGACUGUGUAUUUCUGGGGUGGACCUCAGUCGCUGGACAGCCUUAAGCGAAUUACGCUCCCGUAUUCCAUCGCCAGUGUUGCGCUGGAUCUCAAGGGACGCAAGCUUGUGGUUGGCGAGGAGCCUGGUACAUGGGCAAAGGUGAUUCGCUACGACGACGAGACGGAAAUCGAUACCCACAAAGGACACCAUGGCCCUAUUUGGUCUAUUGCCUUUUCGCCAGACGGCAAACUGUAUGCCACCGGAUCAGAGGACGGCACGAUUAAACUUUGGAAGAAUUGUGACGGAUUCUACGGCUUGUGGAGGGGAGGUGGUGCGGAACGCUCCGGAGAAUAGAGAGACUCUGAGUAUAGCAACACGACUCUCUUUGGUAUGUGGUCAAGCUCGUCUGACUGGAAAGACCACAAGUCCAGUUUGUUUUCUAUCACAGAUGGGGAGAUGGACCUCUUGGGGGACGACUAUGGCGGGCUAGUGAUGCAUGAAGAUAGAGCUGAUCAGCGAGAGGCGUAGCAUGGCUUGCCAUGGAUAGGGGGGUGGAAGCCUUAUAGGCAGCAAAGCCACACGAUACGGCCACGCCGCGCGAAGCAAAUGUAUAUUUACCAAUGGCAACUAGGCGAAGAGUAAUAGUAUGUAGUCCAUGUUGGUAGCGUUAUUGUUGUUCUAAUGUGAUACCAUUUCAUUGCAGACAAGAGAGGUGGUUUAGCAUGCGCAGCCUUUUAGCGCGCAAAUUGAAUUUACACGAAUAUGCCAUUACAUAUACCACUCUAUGUAUGUCUAUUGUGAAAUCCCAGGCAAAAUGUAAUUAUGAUUUGAUAGCAGAUGGCAGUGUUGGGAAGCUGACAAUUCGUACUGUGGCUCUUCUGGCGCUGUCAGUGUUUGAGUCACGAGCUGAACAGCCACACAC